UAAAAGGCAAGGCCGAGAAUCCCGGCCUCUUUCCGUGGAGAGGGGGAAGCUACGGUCGGAAGGGGAAUCCGGGGAUCGAGAGCGGGCGCUGAUGGCUUUUUUCCCGGGAAAUCUCGCCCGGAGCCCCAGGCGAAGGAGCUCCAGGAUUUGUUGCCAGAGAUGCCUGCCCACUCCUUGUAACACAACGAGAGCUAUGGCCAAACAAACUCCUGCAGCGUCUUCCCUUGCCUCCUCUUUGCCCACGGCCACCAUCAAGGAGGAGCUGCUGUGCCCGAUUUGUUACGAGCCGUUCAAGGAUGCCGUCACCCUUCGCUGUGGCCACAAUUUCUGCAAAGGCUGUGUGGGCCGUUCCUGGGAGAAUCAAACCCGCCACGUCUGCCCGGUGUGCAAAGCAACAUCUUCCCUGGAGGACCUGCGCACUAACCACACGCUUGCCAACAUUGUGGAGAUGUUCCUCAAGCAGGAGAAGAACCAGCAGCGGCAGGCUGGGGAAACGUCUGCCCUCUGCUCUUUGCACCGCGAAGAGGCCCGACUUUUCUGCCUGGAUGACAAAGAGCUGGUCUGUUUCGUAUGCCAAAACUCCAAGCAGCAUGCAGACCACAAAAUGAGACCUGUAGAGGAGAUUGCCAAGGAUUACAGGGCCAAAUGCAAAGACAUGGAAAGAUCUCUAUGGGAUAAGAUGCAAGAAUUUGGAAGAGUGCAGUCGUCUUACAGAGAGAUCGCUAAACACAACAAGGUAGAAAGUGCCAGGCUGGAGAAAGAGAUCAAAAAGCAGUUUGAACACUUGCAUGAGUUCCUGCAGAGAGAGGAGAAGGCCAUGCUGGAGGAGCUGCAGGCAGAGACCCAGCAGAAAAAGGAUCUGAUUGAAGACAAGAUCAAAAAGCUGUCAGAAGAAAGCAAUAUCUUGCAACAAGAGGUUGACCACUUGCAAGCUGACCAGAAAGAUGACGAUGUCUCCUUCCUCCAGAAACACAAAAACCGGAAACGUAGAAUUGCCUGGACAGCAGAAGAGCCAGAAGCAAUCCCCCCAGGGAUGUUGAUAGAAAUUACAAAAUAUCUAGAUUCUUUGCAAUACAACACAUGGAAGAAAAUGUUGGAUAUCAUCAAAGUAGUCCCUUUUAGCUUUGAUUCCAACACAUCUACAGGAAGGCUGGCUGUCUCUGAUGACCUCACCAGUAUUUCAACCGGUAACUACAAGCUGUCGGUGGGCGUCCCAGAAAGUUUCUCUGCUGGAUUGCCUUGCGUCCUGGGCUCCAAGAGUUUUGCCAAAGGAUCUCAUGCUUGGGAGGUAGAUAUUGGCGGCAUUAAUAAUUGGUGCAUCGGAGUGGCUCGGAAGCAUUGCGGCUACCAGUGGAGCUUUGGCAGUGAUUCCUAUCUCGGCUUCACGUACAUGUAUCGUAUGCAGGGUGCCAGCAACAAGAGAGACCGAUCUUCCAAGUCGAUCCUGAUGGGGUCUGCAAGCGGGAAGGACCUCAAGAAGGUCAGAGUGGAGUUGGACUGUGAUGAAGGGGAGCUCUCAUUCUACAACGCUGAGCAUAAGAGUCAUAUUUAUACCUUCCAUGACAAUUUUGGGGAAGUUGUCCCAUACUUCAGCAUCUGUGCAGUAGAUGCUGUUGAAUCGUCCUCCGAGUCGCUCAAGCUUUGCCCACUUCAGGUUCAGAUAAAGGAAGAUUAUCCUGAUUGAGUAGACUGCAUUUUUUUUAUAUUCCCAUCAUCUAUGUAUCUCCCCACCCCCACCGAAAGAACUGUUAUAGCUUACAUAUACAUACGCUAACAUAUGUGGAUGCUGUAACAACAAUAUAUUGCUUCAGCUAGCUUGUAUGCAGUAUUUGAAAUCUAGGGAUAUUUUCUGCCAAGGCAAGAGGAAGUGACUCCCUCAAGGAUUUUGGAUGAGGGUGGUUGAAGAUGGAUAAUUCUGACUCACUGGGGGCGAUCUCUGGGAAGCUGUUCUACAUAGGCUUUGUGGAAAGAAAGGGCAAUUGCACAGGAGCAGGAUAGUACUUGAGGUUUGUACAGAAGAAUUGUUGGCUGGUUUGAAUCGGACGUGGAAACCUGAAGGGCAAGAAGGGACCUUUGGGUUUGCUGCCUAGGGCACUCAAUUACCUUGAACUAGCCCUGUUGUCUAUUCAUUGCAUGAGUCAUAAGGGCUUUUGUUAUGACACUACAAUCCAUUCCCCAAAAUUCAUUCAUAAUGUAUGUAUGUUAUAACAUGCAUAAGAUGAACCCAGCAUGAUGCAGUUAUGAGCUAGAGGCUAUGAUGAAGGGAGGAGACAGGCUGUCGUUUCAGUGAUGGAGUUAUUGCAUCUGAUAGAAACCACCUAUUUUCUCUGCUGUCUCUCUAGAACAGUAGACCACAUUGCAAUUAAACACUAAUCAAAUCUCUUCUUACUGUAUCAGGCAAAGCAAAAGAUAUAAAGAGAAGAGAGGACUUGAAAUAGGUGGUUUCUGAUUGGCUCUCACGUGACAGCAUUAAGUCAUAGUCAUCCAAUCAGAAGAAUCCUUUUCCCCAUGAGGAACACAAUGUGUUGCAGCGUGGCAGGGAAUUAACCCAUUGUGGUUCUGCCCUGCAAGAGGAGAGGGUUCUUACAAAGACUUUAGUUGCUGCUGAUUUUCUGUCUUUUUAAAAGAAAGUUAGUCAUCCGACUACUUUGUUCUGAUCUGAAUGUGCCCGCUCACUCUCUUUACUAAGUAGACCAUGUCCCCGGUGUGUGACCAGUGCAGCUUUCCCUACCAGUCCUCAGGAUGGGAAAAGCUGAGAUGUACAUUAUUUGGAGUUGGGAAAGCUCUUGUAUGGUUUCUUUGGGAUAUCAGGAAAUGCCAUAGUCUGGAGAAGAAAAUUGAGAGGUCCAGAGAGGCAUCAGAUUAAAUUCCCCUUGCCUUGUACCUUUUAACAGCAACUUUAGUUACAGAUAAUAGCUGUAGGUUAAAUUGCUGUUAGAGAUACAGAAGCAGGCCAGACUAGAUUUUAUAGGUAGUUACUAAACCUAGUAGGGCUUGGUUUAAAGGGCAAGUGUUCAUUUUUUAGGAUCUUGCCAAUUCCCAGCCACGUUUAGGUCUGGGAGAAGAAUCCUCUUCCAGGACAAAUGAACUAUCAGUGCUACCUGCCUUGUAGUAUGGGGCUUAGCUUCCCUUUGUGACCCCCUUAAAUUCUGCAAGCACCAUUUUGCAAUAUAGCUGCUGUAUAGGACAUGCUUUAGUGUGAUAAAGGUCGAUAUAUGGGGAUACAGGAAGGGAAGAUCCUGCCUCACCUCCGUAUAUUUGCGGAUCCUUACUGCUUAUGUGUACAUUAUGUGCCAUCAAGUCACUUUUGACUUAUGGAUACUCUAUGAAUUAAAGACCUCCCAAACAUCCGAUCAUUAACUGCUCAGAUCUUGUAAACUGGAGGCUAUCUUUAUUGAGUCAAGCCAUUUGGGGUCUUUCUUUUUUCCUACUGCCUUCCACCUUUCCUAGCAUUAUUGUCUUUUUCAGGGAGUCUUUUCUUCUUAUGAUGUGACCAAAGUACAAUAGCCUAGGGUUGCCAGCUCCAGGAUGGGAAAUAAAUGGAGGUGGGAGGUAGAGCCUGGAGAAGGUGAGGUUUGGGGAGGGAUCUCAGUGGGGUAUGAUGCCAUAUAGUCCACCUUCCAAAGCAGCCAUUUUCUGCAGGGGAACAGGCCUGGAGAUCGGUUGUAAUUCUGGGAGAUCUCCAGCCACCAGCUGGAGGCUUGCAACCCUACAAUAGCCUAAAUUUCGUCUUUAUCUUCUUGGAAGAAUUCAGGCUAGAGCAGGACCCAUUUAUUUGAUUUUUAUGGCCAGCCACACUAUCUGUAAAACCCUCCUCCAGCGCCACAUUUCAAAUGAACUAGUUUUUUUCCUGUCAACUUCUUGUCAUGUUGCUUACAUUAAAAAUAAUUUUCUUUCCAAUGGAUUAGCAUUUGGCAGCUAAGAAAAGCACAUGUAACUGAAAGGAUUGGAAUCUUCAACCAAUAAUGAAAUUAAUAACUUAUGCAAGAGAUCAGCUACAAACUCAUGGAAGGUUUCACUUUAAGCCACUAUAAAACUUUGCUUGAAAAGAUCUAAUACUUGUGUCUUAGUGUGUUUGUUAAAAAUAUCAAUUUAGGAAUGAGGUCUGCAGAAAGUUAAACCUCAAUUAUAGGCUUUACGUUUGAAUCUAAGUUUUUGAAAAUGAGUCUCAGAGAAAUGAAUACACAUGACAGAUGUACAAUAAGAAUCAUGCUGCUAGUAUUUGGGACUGGGUUAGACAGAUGUUGAGUUAGGAUAUUGAAGAAAGCAGGACAGUAUGUAGAUUAACAUUUGUUAAGCAUCCUAUGUUAAAAGAACUGCUGACUUUUAAGCUAGCAAGCCCUGACUCUUAGUAGAUUUCUGUAUCAUAUUUUAAAAAUUAUUUCUAUCAAUUAUGUGAAACUUUUCCCAUUAAAGGGCUGAGACACAUGCUUUGGAAGCAAAUCUUCAAAGUACACAAUCUUGAAGGAUCUGGUGCUGGCAGCCUUAGCUAAACUGUAUAAUCUUUGGUUUGAUUAUUACCCAAAGAGUGCACAGAAAACUCUUAUAUCCUCUUCAUCCUUCUGAAAUACCACUAAAAAUGAGAACUCAACCAUUUAUUUUGUACAAUAAAAGAUAAAACAGUAAAUCAAUAAAAGCAGCCUAGCAUAAAAUUUCUUGAAAUCCAACAGUAUAAAAAUGUAACAAAUAUAAAAACAGCAAUAUAGACUAAAAGCUGACAAAGUACAAAUAAAAAUCAAGGCAUAGGAGGAAUUUAAAAAACAAAGUUUGAAAUUGAACAAUUAUAAAAUUGAGGCCCAGUGUAGUGUAGUGGUUAAGAAUGUUGAAGUAGGACUUGGGAAAACCAGGUUUGAAUCUACACUCUGCCAU